AUGGCAAAACUUUGCAUCAUUUUACAAUUUAUUAUUUCAUCUCUGGUGAUCGAGAAUAGUAGAGCUAUCUCGAGUCCUCUAGCACCUUAUACGACAUACAAACAUUCGAUUGAACUACAGAAGUAUGUAGCCGAUCUCUGGUGGACAGUUGAUGACAAUGAACAAGAGAUCACAUUCGAACUUCACAUGAAAACGACAGGCUGGAUUGCAUUGGGUAUUAGUCCAGCUGGUGGUAUGACAGGUGCCGAUAUCGCUGUAGGAUGGGUCGACCAGACAGGCAGUGUACAUCUUCAAGAUCGUUAUGCAUCUGCUGAUGAGCUUCCUAUAUUCGAUAACACAACGAUUGAUUGGUUCGCUGUUAAAGGUCGUGAAGUGAGCGGAUGGACAGCCAUUCAAUUCAAACGCUUACUAGAUACUUGUGAUAUCAUGGAUGUUCCAAUCAAGUCUGGUACCAAUAUUCUCAUUUUUGCUUAUGCUAUGAUCGAUCCUGUUCCAUCAGGACCAAAUGGUGAAAUCUCUUAUCAUGGAAGUCGACGUGGUUCGCGUGCUCUUCCACUUCGAUCAUAUGUUGAUCCACCAUCAGAAGAUAUAUUUGCUGGACUUGACUAUGUUGAAUUUCGUUUGAAUAAUUAUGUGGUUCCUCCAACUGAUACAACGGAUUAUUGUAAAAUAUACAAAGUUCCGAGUAGCUAUUCAGUGAAACGACACGCUAUUGGUCAUAAGACAAUUGUUGAUUCAGCCAGUCAAGAUCUUGUUCAUCAUUUACUCAUGUAUGAAUGUGAUUCAACAGCUCAGUUUAACGAUAAUAACUUGCCUGCUGGUCUAUGUGAUCAAAUUUAUCAAGAAAUAGCACAAUGUACUUCGAAUAUUGCAAAUGGUUGGGCUGUCGGUGGUGAUUAUAUGGUUGCAUUUCCAAAAGAAGCAGGCUAUCCAAUAGGAGGUGAUUUUCCCAUCAAAUAUUAUAUGGUGCAAGUGCACUACGACAAUCCAAAUCUACUUUCGAAUCGUACAGACAAUUCAGGUAUUCGCUUUUAUAUUGGCAAAGAACUUCGACAAUAUGACCUUGGCUUGUUGACUUUUGGCACUGAUUCAAGCGCUGUCGCUUUGGCCAUUCCGCCGAAAGCGCAGAAAUUUAUCGUUGAUUCGUACUGUUCAGCGAAUGCUACAAUGGGUGGAGAAAAAAUCAAAGAUGAAAUAUGUCUUCAUAGGAUGAUAUACUAUCCUCGAAUGAAUAAUAUGUAUGGUUGUAUGAAUAUGAAUAGUCCACAAGCAUGGCUCUCAAUGAUGAAUACUUCCUCAUCGUCUUUGAAUUAUACGGAAUUACAACAGUGGCUUCUCAAUUUAACAUGGACACCAGAACGAGCUGUUCAAUGGCAAGAAUUCUACAAUACCGUAUCUCGAGUACUGAUCUACGGUGCAGCACCAAAUCUUCAGUUCGACAUGCUGCCCAGCUUACCUAAAUAUGAAGAUUUGAAACCGGUGCCAUGUACAAAAGAUCCAAGCGGUAAUAAGAAUACGACAAGGCCAAGUCCAACUACUUUUAGCCAAGGUACAACGACAAAUAAAGCUAUAUCUUAUCAAUUAUUAACUAAAUGUGGUUUUNAUGGUUUAUGUGAUCAAAUUUAUCAACAAUUAGUACCAUGUGCUUCGAAUAUUGCAACUGGUUGGGCUGUCGGUGGUGACUAUAUGGUUGCAUUUACAAAAGAAGCAGGCUAUCCAGUAGGAGGUGAUUUUCCCAUCAAAUAUUAUAUGGUUCAAAUGCACUAUGACAAUCCAAAUCUACUUUCGAAUCGUACAGACAAUUCAGGUAUUCGCUUCUACAUUGGCAAAGAACUUCGACAAUAUGACCUUGGCUAUUUGACUUUUGGCACUGAUUCAAGUGCUGCUGCUCUGGCUAUUCCACCGAAAGUGGAGCGAUUUAUCGUUGAUUCGUACUGUUCGGCGACUGCUACAACGGUAAACAUGAGUUUUUAA